GAGUCCAGGCUCUGCUUCAUUCUUUCCUCUCCAUCCAGAGCAGGCACACACCUCCACCAUGGCCCACUACUCUCGCUCCACCGUCUUUUCCAGCGGCAAUCGCAUCGGCUCCAUGAGGGCACCCAGCGUUUAUGGCGGCGCCGGAGGCCAGGGAGUCCGCAUCUCCAGCAUGAGCGCCCCAAGAAGCUUCUCCUCCUCUGCCGGUGCAGGAUUUUCUGCUGCAGGCUCAGGUGCCGGUGCAGGCUUCAACCUGGCCGACGCCCUCGACGUCACCGACAACAAGAAAAUGGCCAUGCAGAACCUGAACGACCGCCUGGCCUCCUACCUGGAGAAGGUGCGCAAGCUGGAGCAGGCCAACGCCGAGCUGGAGCUGAAGAUCAGACAGUUCCUGGAGAGCAAGACCACACCCCAGGGCCACGACUGUGCCGCAUUCAAGGUCACCAUCAGCGACCUGCAGGACCAGAUCUUGCUUGCCACCCGUACCAAUGGAUCUCUCUACCUGGCCAUCGACAAUGCCAAGCUGGCUUCUGAUGACUUCAGGGUCAAGUUUGAGAACGAGCUCGCCAUGCGUCAGUCAGUGGAGGCCGACAUCGCCGGCCUGAAGAGGCUCCUGGAUGAGCUGACUCUGGGAAGAUCCGACCUGGAGAUGCAGAUCGAAUCUCUGAGGGAAGAACUCAUCCAACUCAAGAGGAAUCACGAGGAGGACCUGAUCGCUCUGAGGACCCAGGUAGGAGGUCAGGUCAACGUGGAGGUGGACGCCGCUCCUCAGCAGGACCUGUCCGUCGUCAUGGCCGGAAUCAGAGAACACUACGAGACCGUUGCCAACAAGAACCGCAGAGACCUCGAGUCCUGGUUCCAGGCCAAGUCCGAGGAGCUCAAUAAGGAGGUCGCGGUGAGCACAGAGACUCUUCAGACAACUCGCUCGGAGGUCACAGAGGUCAAACGCUCCCUGCAGGGCCUGGAGAUCGAACUCCAAAGUCAGCUCAGCAUGAAAGCGUCACUGGAGGGAACCCUCGCCGACACCCAGGCCCGGUACAGCAACAUGCUGACAGGUUAUCAAAGGCAGGUGACGGGUCUGGAGAACCAGCUGGCCCAGCUGAGAGCCGACCUGGAGCGGCAGGGACAGGAGUACCAGGCUCUGCUGGACAUCAAGACCAGACUGGAGAUGGAGAUCGCCGAGUACAGGAGGCUGCUGGACGGAGAGCUGCUCACGCCGACUUCCACAACAACAACAUCAACAACGCGUAAAGUCGUGAUCGUCACCAAAGAGAUCGUGGACGGAGAGGUCGUCUCUGAGACCCACUGAGCCGGCAAACGUCCGUCAACACGCUGUGAACCGUUCAUCUGAGAAAACAUGAAUAAAACACGUCCGAUGAACUGAAACAUG